AUGCAUUAUGAUUAAUUGCAAAGUUCAUAAUUGUUUGCUAACUUUAAGCUCUAAGAGUUUUUGUCUGAAUCGCAUUAUUAAAGAAGGGAUUCGGGUAUCAUAAAAUUUUGGGGAAACCUGAUCUCUAAACUAUGUUUUGUAAUUACAAUCAAAUAAUAAGCUGCAGCAGUUAUGUUAAGUAGUUUUACCCCUUUAUAAUAUGAGACAGCAAAAAAUGUUGUUAAAUCCAAGGAUGUUUGUAAAUGGGUAGAAAGUAAAAUAAUCGAAAAGAAAGCCAGCUAAAAACAAUUAUAAUAAUAGCUAUAAUAGCAGCAACAGUAAUAAUAAUAAUCACAAUAAUAAUAGUAAUAAUAAUAAUAGUAAUAAUAGUAAUAAUAAUAAUAGUAAUAAUAGUAAUAAUAGUAAUAAUAAUAACAAUAAUUACCAUCCUAAUAGUAAUAGUAAUAAUAACAAUAACAAUAAUAGCAAUAAUAAUAGUAAUAAUAAUAAACAGAAUUAGAACCUGUUACUUCAGAAGAGGAAGACAAUAAUGUUAGCAGUAAUCAUAAUGGUUUAAGUAAUUUAUUCGGUGGUACAAAUGGAGAAGAAAAUGGAUAUGAAUAAUUGGUUGCUUUGUUACAACAAGAUAAAUAAGUGAUGGGGGAGCUAUUUAAAAAUAACAAUAUACGAUGA